UACCGCGGGCGGCGCGCGGGGCACGCACACGCCGGGCGCCGCGCCACGCCUCCAGACAUAGGUACGUCACGUGAUACACUACUACCCUUGUAUAAACCACGAUAACAUCUCGUAGCACAACGCUACGGGCUACGGGACUACGCCGCCGCCGCGUUUUACGUCACCGCGUACACGCAACUAUAAUAAAUAAAUUAUGUAAAUUAUCUUUUUCGAUUGCAUAAUAUCGUCAUCCUAAUAACUAUGUUAUGUUGGUUUAUUAGUCAAUAAUUAAUGAUGUGGGGUUUCCAAACAGGGACAUAUAAUGAUAGAGUUUCAUAACGUCAAAGAAACGUGUUAAUUAACGAGUCGAACAGAUUUGAUGAGUGCACCGGACAGACUCAUUUAUUUCCGUUUUCCUAGCAGUUGCAAUGCUGCGACUGUAACACUUCCCCGUGUUCAGGAUAUCCACAGUUCCAUUGUUACUCGGCCCUAAAUAUUUAUUAGUUUGCUUUUCACGUCGCGUGAUUAUUUUAAAACAAUAAAUUUUCUAUAAAUCUAAUUGAUAAUGAGUGUAAGAAAUGCAGCUGAUCCGUUUAAAUCACAUUAUGCGCUAUCCGUAAAAAACAACUAUGUUUUUAAUUUGCUUGCCAACAUUGUCGUAGAGUUGUACACGAACCAAAUAAAACAAACGUGGCGUAUAAGACACAACAGGCAGACAUCUCGCGCGUGUAUUUAAUUAUCGAUCGAUAUAAUUGCUCCGCCGAGAGCCGUGUGUUUGUAAACAAGAGGCGACCGCGCACGUGCCGACACACACGAGCUGGCGCGCGAGGCUGGUGCUGGUGCUCUGGUGGCGCCGGCUGCAGCGCGGGGCUGUCGUCGCGGAUCGCCGGCACCGCGCCUCGCCGCCCUCUUGCGCAAAUGUUUGCUUCACCCCGAAGAUAACUUAAUUAGUUAAAUGAUACCUUAAUCAAUUAAUCUAUAUGUUUGCGAAACCUGGCGCAGUAGAGCGGCGUUGUUCCGGCGCGGCGCGGCCUGCGACCUCGGGUUCGUCGUGUAUGCUAAUGUCGAGCAGUGUUCAGCCUUAAGUGCGGAACAUUAAGCCCAAACAGCAACAUUAUUUGCAUAAUGUUAAGUGUUACAUUGAGCCAGUUUGACCGCUGCGCACUUACGAAAUAUCAUUUUGUAUAUUUAAAAUUCAAAUGUUACCAUACAGAAAGACGUGACCUAAUAAAUUUAACUACAUUAUGCAUAUAGUUCUUCAAACUUUUCCAAACACAGAAAACAGUUUAUCGGUAUGUGUGUCCUGCUCAAGUCUUUGACUUGCUAUCUGGACCGAUGUUGUCCCGCCCGGCGCAGCAUCGCGAGCUGCCGUGCUUGUUCUUCGCUAAACGAAAUCAAGUCUAUAUUGAAAUUGAUGGAGUGCUUGAGCUUUGUAAGCGAGGGAAACGUACUGCUAAACAGAGUGGCUCUAACGCUGAAAUUAUCCAGUAUGGUCAAAUGUUAGUUCUCUGUAUAAGAGCGGAGAGCGGUGUGCCCCGCCGGCGGCUGGCGCGGCUCUCGGCGGUUGCUCAACAGCUCGCGAUAUCCGUUUUCCUCAAGCGCCCGCGACAACUGUAUCGGGCUGCUUGCACAACAGCCGCCUCGCCGCGAGGGCACUCGCUGUCCAUGCGGUCCACUCAUAACUCUUGAAUUACUCCCGAAGGUCACGCGGGGGUGAUGGACAGGGGUCAAAAGUGAUCAUGCAAUGCCAGCGUCUGCAAUUUUAUAUAAAUGUACAGUUAAGUGUAAUUACUCGUCCAAGUUUCUCACGUAAUGAUUGUUUUGUCCUUAUUUAGUAUUAUUUUCAAAUAAUUGUAUGUUUGCAAUGAUUAGCCUUUUUAAAAGUCGUUACAUAGUAACCCGCCUCAUGUUCGCCCCUCAGUGUCGCGCGCUAGGUCGCGGCCGCGCGGCCUCGCCUGCGCGCUGCACAUUCGGCACUCAUGCUCAUGCACCAAUAACAAUUGGAAAAUUUGUGAUUUAAGCAUAACCUCGUGUAAAUUAACUGUAGCAGUACAUGCGAUUGCAACACUUUAAUAAUUGCUGUCGGGUGUAAAUGAAAUGCUUCGUGAGUUUACCAACAUAAGGACGCGUCCUUGCCGCGUCCGGCACGCGUUUCUGUGGAAUUUCCUGUUUCGAAAUUAUGAUAUAAUAAAUUAUUAUAAUAAAACAUUACAACGUGUGAGAAACAAUGAUAAUGCUUUUUGUUAGAUUACACCUCGUUGGGCUGGCCAAUCCCGCGCAUCGUAUAACAACAUUCAUCCGCUUUCUUAGUUAUUGCUGCUAAUAGCAGGCUUUAGCGUGUCGUGUCGUCAUUACAUUGGCGGGGAGGUUUCACGCUUACACAUGUAUAAUUUCGAUACUUUAAUAGCGUGUAUUGCAAUCAUUUUAUGGGUCUUUAACAUAUUUCAGACGGUUUAUAAAUAAAUAUCAUUUUAACAGGUGUCGCAAAUGUGCAAAACUUUUAAAACUAUAAACUUACGAGUCCACAUUGCAGUGGUACUGUAAGAUCAACGCCGCACCACAGCAAAGAUGGGUAGUCAGAAAACGUCAUUAUAAUUAGCAUAUGAAUAUUGUUGGAACAGUACCUAUACUAUUUCAUAAAAUGAACGCAAAGACGUCAGAUUAGGGUGAAAGGUCAGGUUGCGUAGAGUGGCCGGCGCGCGACGCGCCCUGCAUACACAACGAGCACACAAACACACGCGCACCGUGCGGGUCCGGCCGAGCUGCCCACGCUCAGCUUGCCAAUACUGAUGUGACGCAGGGACGCCCCGCCCGAGCCUCCACUAACUACAUGUGCUCUGCCCGCAGGUCCCAACAGUUAGUUUGCAACGGAGAGCACGUUACGGAACUGUGGUGUUAGUCUGCGUCAGUGCCGCCCCUCAAACGAUAUGAAGACAUCCCUGUACAUAGUGGCGCUGUGCGCGGCGCUGGUGGCGGCCGCGCCGGCACCCGAGCCCGCGCCCGCCGCGCAGCCCGCGCCCGAGCCCGCGCCCGCCGGAGACAACACGCCCGAGAUCAUCGAGAUCAUCGCCCCCGCCGCCAGUGCGCAGGAGACCCUGGCGACGCUGAACCUGGGCGCGCCGGGCUCCGAGCUCAGCGAGCGCAACAAGAGGACGAUCGGCAUCCUGCGGCAGCUGUUCCCCUCGCUCACGCAGAUAAUCGAACAGAAGGUACAGCAAAUAACGAGCAUGGUGCUGCAAACAUUCGGGCCCGUGGUGCUUCGCCUGUUCCUCGGCAACCGGAACGGCGGCGGCAACACCGGAGGCGGCACCGUCGAGCUCGACGACGACGACGACGAUGACGAUGACGACGAGCCGGCGUCCGCCAGCCCUACCACCACCACCACCACCACCGCCAGCAGCGUCGGCGACGACAGCAGCCCGGAGGCCGCGCGCCGCCGGCGCAGGCGCGCUCUUUUCCUCCUGCCGAACGCGCUGGCCGAGGAGAACCAGCUGCUGUCGGGCGCGGAGUCGCAACAGGCGGAGGUGCGCGUCGCGUUCGGCGAGCCCGCCGCCGACCAGCAGCCCGCCGCCAGCGACGACCAGCAGGUCGCCGCGCAGACCAACGCCGCCAGCAUCGACGAGAUCACGCUCGACGACGCCGACUCCAGCGAAGAAAAUAGAAACAAGAGGUUCCUGAGCUUCGGCGGCAGCGCCGGCGGCUCCGGGGGCGGCUCCGGCAACUUCCUCUUCGACAUCGUCAGGCUGGUGGCCGGCUCCUCGUCCGGCUCGUCCAGCGGCGACGCGGGCGCCGGCGCCGACGGCGAGGACGCCAGCGCCGCCAAAGGCGACAACCUCACCGAGGGUGUCCCCGGCCCCAUCACGCGACUCUUCAUCAUCGCUAACCGCGGCAUCGCCAAUCUCAUCCAGGACCUGAUCUUGCGCAUAGCGCAGACCUCCGAGAGGAUAGUCAACUUCAAGGCGCGACUGAUCACCUCCAUCAUUUAAUGCGCAAGCGUGUAGAACAAUAUCCUAGUGUAGGUAGUAGUGUAGAGGCUCGCGCAGUACGCGCGUAUCGCGCGGCCGCCGCGCGUGGCUGUGAACGCGUGACGUCACGG